AUAGUUUUAAUACCAGUAUUCAAUAGAAAAGUUAGUUUGAAAAGUUUUUGAUUUUUAAUGUUUAUUCUGACAAUGUAGAAACAGUUAUCUCUGGUGAUAGGAAUAUCACCAGAGAUUAUUUUUGAAACCAAAACUUGUGGUAUUAUGCAGGAUUUGUAUUGAUGAUAGUUUUUUUUUUUUACUGAAAAUGUGUAUAGGUGAACUAAAGAAUUUGACAACGUUCAUUAAAAAUAACUCAUUGACUAAAGUUAGAGUACUGCGCACUCCAGAGAGAGCUGGAUUGAUUCGUGCACGCAUGUUUGGAGCUCGUCAUGCCACUGGAGAGACUUUGUUAUUCCUAGACAGUCAUUGUGAAGUGAAUGUCGGCUGGAUCGAACCUCUUCUGGAACGUAUUAAAACAAAUAGAAUUACAGUUGUCUGCCCUGUUAUUGACAUCAUUAAUGCAGAUACUUUACAAUAUAGUGGUUCUUCAAUUGUUCGCGGUGGCUUUAAUUGGGGUCUUCAUUUUAAAUGGGACUCUGUAUCUUCGAGUCUGCUUAAAAUGGAUAUAGAUUUCAUUAAACCUAUCAAAUCGCCUACAAUGGCAGGAGGAUUGUUUGCUAUAGAUGGGAAAUAUUUCCAUAAUUUAGGAGAAUAUGACGAAGGAAUGGACAUUUGGGAACUUUCAAAACAAAAUAAAGAAGUUCAAGCAUUUUAUAGGAGAAUUAUGCUUAAAGUUAAGGCUGUGUAUCAGGUAAAUUUUCACUAGUAGUAAUGCUUUAAAACAGUGUUUUUCAACCUUCUUGAAUA